AGCUGAAGCUGAAACCAAAGCUGAAGCUGAAGCAGAAACUGCAGCUAAUUUCAUAGCUGAAAUCGAAGGGAAUAAAGUAAAAAGUAUUAUGAAAAGGAACUUACAUGACAAGCACGUGCAGUACAUACGUAGCCCAUCAAAGUUAUUUUCCGAUGUGACCACUAAAUUCGCUUGGCUGGUAACAAUUCUUUGCUUUGUCGGCUUAUUUGGUUGCGGACAUGCAGGAUUUGCAUGCCUCAGCAAUCCGUGCGUUUUUGGUGUUUGCAUCGAUGGCUUAAACAGCUCCUAUUCGUGCUAUUGCAUCGACGGCUAUACGGGAAUUCAGUGCCAAACAAACUGGGAUGAGUGCUGGUCGGGGCCCUGUCAGAAUGGCGGCACUUGUAUAGAUGGUGUUGCCUACUACAAUUGCACGUGUCCGGAUGGAUUUUCUGGUUUAAAUUGUGAGGAAAAUGUCGACGAAUGUAUGUCAAAUCCAUGUCAGAAUGGCGGACAUUGCCGUGAUAGAACUAACGGGUAUACAUGCACAUGUCAAGCGGGUUAUCUUGGCGUUCAUUGCGAGCAGGAUGUUGCUGUAUGCGAUACGGGUACCGGUGCACGUUGUCAGAAUGGUGGAGAGUGCAUCGAAGGACCUGGGCUCGAGUUUUCUUGUGAAUGUGCUGAGGGCUGGAAAGGCCGAAUUUGUCAAGAGGAGAUAAACGAAUGUGAAUCAGCGCCAUGUCAAAAUGGUGGCGUUUGCGUUGACAAAUUGGCUGCAUAUGUGUGUGCCUGUCCAAUGGGCUACACAGGUCCGAACUGUGAAGAAGAAAUACUUAUAUGUGCAGACAAUCCAUGCCAAAAUAAUGCACUCUGCUUAAUGGAGGAAACUGUGCCAACAUGCUAUUGCGUGCCUGAUUAUCAUGGUGAAAAAUGCGAAUACCAGUAUGACGAGUGUCAAUUAGGACCACGCUGCAUGAAUGGUGGUGUUUGUAUUGAUGGUGUUGACACAUUCUCUUGCUCAUGUCCACCGUUGUUGACGGGCAUGCUGUGUGAAUGCUUAAUGAUUGGUGAGGAUUCAUUAGAUUGUAACUACACAGCACCUUCUACAAUUUCGCCGCCAACAACAAAACCAAUUGCACCAACUGAAACAACACAACGCGUACAGGAGUUAACUACACUUGCAACAAAAGAUGAAACAUCAGCUUCCGUAUCGGAUGAGAAAAUAGAUGUUGAGCAUAAAGCAGUUUCGGCUGAAACCGAAAAGAGUAUUGUAACUGUACCUAUUACGGUAACUACUACACAACCAACUCCAGCCAUAUCGAUAGAAGAUAGCAGUAUUUUCACAACUGAAGCUUCCAUACCGUAUUCGGUGGACUCAGUCGGUAGUUCAGAAUCGGCCUACUCAUCUGUAGGCAGCGGUUCAGUUGAAGUAGGCACUUCCGACGAAUAUACAACCAUUUCACGAUUUGACGUAAGUGGAAGCCAAGAAACUACAACUGCUAAACCUAUUACUGCUGGUACCGAAUUAGACUACACACCGGUAUCACAAUCGGUGGAAGUAUCAACGAGCGCUGAAUCCGAGGAACAGCCACCAAUUAUAGUUUCUACACGACCCACUUUUACACAUCAUGUUACAACGAUUGAAAGUAAAUUCUCCAUUGAUUACUCCACAACACGUCCAACAUGGGUUUCGCCCACCUAUUAUCCCACAAUAACAGUUGCAAAAAGUACACUAAAACCAAUUGACAUUGGAAUUUCAAUUGCACCCACCGAAUUCACUGAUUACCCCGAACAUGAUAUUACCACAACACAUCGAAUCUGGUCUGAUAUAUCCACCACUGCAGCACCAUUCUUUACUGAAUAUCCCGAAGUUUCGGUAACAACACGUUACCAUGACUUUGGAAGUAAGGACUUAAGCACUGGCAUCGGUAGUGGUGUACGUAUUACCACACAUCCACCAUUAACACCUCCCUACUAUGCCACAACGCUAUCACCUUAUGACUUUGAAACUCCCGAAGUAACAACAACGACACCAACAACAACAACGAGCGCCGAGAAUGUAACAAGACAAUUUACACCAUACACCACAAGUCUGCCACAUGAGUCAAUUACAUAUCAUCAUGGUAUGCAUAUCACUGAGCAUCCACAUCGCGGCACAACGCCAUUGUCAAUUGAUAUUACCACCAUACAGCCCUUAUACACAGAGGACUUAGUAAGUCCGCAGCUGCCAGCGAUAAUAACAGAAACACCACUUCCACCGGUAGUCAUAACAACAACCGAACGCAAACCCAUUAUAACUUACAUGCCACCAACGCAACCACCCACACAACCUCCCACUCAACCACCCACACAACCACCACCAACACAGCUGCCCACUUUACCAUCGCAUCCUACAAUACCGCCGCAACCAACGAUGCCAGUUUACAGCACAUAUCCGCCCGUCAUCACAAAAACACCGAUUAUAGCAAGCAGCGAAGAAGUUGACAGUUCGAACACAGUUGCGCCCGGUGGCGUUGGUACUGGCAUCGGUCCGGUCACUGGUGUUGAUAAUGCCACCAACGCUGACUGCCUCAAGCAAGGCUGCUACAAUGGUGGUACUUGCGUAACAACUUCUGAAGGCUCGAGGUGUGUUUGCCGUUUCGAUCGUCAGGGUGCACUCUGUGAAUCGCCGAUUAUUAUCAGAAAUGCUGCUUUCUCUGGUGAUUCCUACGUUUCACAUCGUAUACACAAGGAUAUACCGAAUUAUGAAUCCCUGGACGCUGUACUGCCAAUGCAUGUGCAACUUAAGGUACGUACACGCGCAACAAAUGGUUUGAUUAUGCUGGCUGCAGCUCAAGGUACCAAAGGCGGUCACUAUAUGGCGUUGUUCUUGCAAAAGGGUCUGCUGCAAUUCCAAUUUUCUUGUGGUUUACAAACAAUGUUACUCAGUGAACUCGAAACUCCGGUCAAUACAGGCAACGAAAUAACAAUACGCGCAGAAUUGGAUUUCAGUCGAAACUACACACACUGCAAUGCAUCCCUGCUGGUUAACGAUACAUUGGCCAUGUCAGGCGAUCAACCAACAUGGCUUAAAUUGCUGCCACCUCGUUUACAUACCACAGAGGCGAUUUUAAAUACAUGGUUGCAUUUGGGCGGCGCACCACAAGCACCAAUUGGCCUAAUCAUUGAAUUGCCACCAGCACAAAGUGGUACCGGAUUUACUGGCUGUUUGCAUUCGCUGCGUAUCAAUGAGGAAGCAAGAGAAAUAUUUGGAGAUGCUCUCGAUGGAUUCGGAAUCACCGAAUGUGGCUCGUUGGCGUGCCUCUCAAGCCCGUGUCGAAAUGGAGCUGCUUGUAUUAAAAUUGAAUCGAAUGAAAUAGACGAGAACGGCGAUAAAGCCGAGAAGUGGAAAUGUAAAUGUCCUACCGGUUAUAUGGGGCCAACGUGUGAAAUAUCCAUUUGUGAAGAUAAUCCAUGCCAAUAUGGUGGAACAUGCGUACAAUUCCCAGGCAGCGGAUAUUUAUGUCUUUGCCCAUUGGGAAAACAUGGACAUUACUGUGAACACAAUUUGGAAGUUGCUUUACCAUCAUUCUCUGGCAGCGUGAAUGGUUUAUCUUCAUAUGUUGCUUACACUGUGCCAAUACCAUUGGAAUAUUCCAUAGAGCUUAGCUUUAAGAUACUACCACAAACAAUGUCACAAAUUUCUUUACUCGCGUUUUUGGGUCAAGCCGGUUAUCAUGAUGAGAAGAGCGAUCAUUUAGCAGUUAGCUUCAUACAAGGCUAUAUAAUGCUAACAUGGAAUUUAGGUGCUGGACCCCGACGCAUAUUUACACAGAAACCGAUCGAUUUUAGAUUAGAUGCUCCUCGUGUGCCAUACGAAAUCAAAAUUGGACGUAUUGGACGACAAGCUUGGCUUUCCGUUGACGGUAAAUUUAAUAUUACAGGUCGUUCACCCGGUAGCGUUAGCCGUAUGGAUGUUAUGCCCAUAUUGUAUUUGGGUGGACAUGAGAUAGCAAACUUUAAUACUUUACCACAUGAUUUACCAUUACAUUCCGGCUUCCAGGGUUGUAUUUAUGAUGUACACCUUAAGGCAGGACAGGUAACGGUGCCUUUGCAAGAAACACGUGGUGUACGCGGACGUGGUGUAGGUCAAUGUGGUACUCGAGAAUGCCAUCGACAUGCUUGUCAACAUGAUGGCGCUUGUUUACAACAUGGCGCUACAUUUACUUGUAUUUGUCAGGAAGGCUGGUAUGGUCCUUUAUGUGCACAACCCACAAAUCCAUGCGAUUCAUUUAAUAAUAAGUGUUCUGAUGACUCAACAUGUGUCCCAUUAGUUAAUGGAUAUGAAUGCGAUUGUCCAGUUGGUAGAACUGGCAAAAAUUGUGAAGAAGAAAUACGCUCGCUAAGUGAUGUGUCACUUACUGGACGUCGCUCAUAUUUGGCUGUACGUUGGCCAUAUCUCUAUGAUAGUACAGAUAAAAUUGGUUCAAAACGUUCGCAGAUGGUUAGCUAUCGUAACUUUACUAAAAAAUUAAUGCCACCUAAACCAAUAUCAUCACCAAGUCAACAUUUUGUCAUGAAACUACUAAACGAAGUAGAAAAACAACGCAAUUUCUCACCAGUGCCAUUAAUGGGUUCAAAAUCGUUCGAAGAACAUCACCGUGUGCAAUUCUUCUUUAUCGAAUUCCAGCUACGCCCACUAUCAGAACGUGGUCUACUACUAUACUUUGGCACUUUGAAUAAUAAUCAAGAUAAAAAGAUUGGUUUUGUGUCCUUAUCACUUCAAGGCGGUGUUGUGGAGUUCCGUAUAUCAGGUCCCAGUAAUCAUGUUACAGUAGUACGUAGCGUACGUAUGCUAGCUAUAGGCGAAUGGCAUAAAAUCAAAAUGGCACAACGUGGACGCUGGUUAACUUUGUGGGUGGAAGGCAGCGCUUCAUCUGCGCUAGCACCCUCUGCCGAAGUACUUGUAGAACCCGAAUCAUUACUCUACAUUGGCGGUUUGAAAGAUUUAUCGAAAUUGCCACAUAACGCCAUAUCAGGCUUCCCAAUACCAUUCCGUGGUUGUGUACGUGGCUUAGUUGUUAGCGGUACACGUAUUGUACUCAACGAAACCAACAUUGUCGAGUCACGUAAUAUACGCGAUUGCGAUGGCACUGCCUGUGGUGGUGACUCCUGUGAAGCCGGCGGACAUUGUUGGUUGGAUGAGAAAUUACAGCCACAUUGCAUUUGUCCCGAAUAUGCCAAAGGUGAUCGUUGCGAAUAUUCAGAAACGUGUAAAUUAAUACCUUGUAAGAAUAAUGGACGCUGCCUACGCAGCGGUCGCUGCUCUUGUCCAAACGGUUGGGGCGGAUUCUACUGUGAAAUCGCUAUGGGCAAGCCAACAACUCCAAGUUUCCGUGGUAAUAGUUAUUUAAUCCUACCGCCACCACGCAUACCGAUGAAAGACAAACGUAAAGGGCCCUCUAUGUAUAUGCGCCCUCGUGAAGCCAUACAAAUUUCUUUGAAUUUCUCAACUAUUGAACCAGAUGGUUUGUUACUGUGGAGCGAACAUGAUCGUGUAAAAUUUUUGGGUUUGGGCUUAGAGAAUGGACAUCUGAAAAUUGCUAGUAAUUUACUUGGCACCAAUAAUGAUACCGUUGAAAUGCCCUCAAGUGGUUUUAUAUCCGAUGGAGCUUGGCAUUUCGUGAAAAUAAUCUUGGAUCGAACACGUAUGGAAUUACAAUUGGAUGGUGAAAUUAUAUUCACUGAGAAAUUGGUAGAAACAUCGAUCUCAACAACUGCAGCUACAAUACGACGUACAUCAUUAGCAUUACGACGAGGCAAGGAGCCAUCCAUUACCUAUGAGGAUGUCUUCUUUUUGGGUGGCUUCCCCAGUAUGGAAGCAAUAAGUAAGCGUACACAAGGACGUUUUGCUGAACCUUUCAAGGGUUGUCUACAGGACAUACAGUUCGGCGCUGAACCAAAAGCAGUUAUAACCGAUUUCUCUGGAUACCAGGGUGAAAAUAUAGGUUCUUGUGAUCUGCACGGUGAUGAACCGACAGUGAUAAUGGUAUAAAAACAUUCUAAAAGCAACAUCUAACAAGAAUCGAAUAAAAAACUUACACAUAGAUCAUUAGAGACAGAGAGAAGAAAAAUAUAAGAAAAGUAUAAAAAAAAAAAUAAACUUAAAUAUGCUGGAAUAGACUCUUAUACACUAGAAAAAACUUAGCAAGAAACUAUUAUUAGGAAUUAAGCAGAUGUUUUUGAAUUUUAUUGAUUAUUAUUGGAAGCUACAAGAAUUUACGACAUAAAUCAAACCAUUAUAAACAAACUUUGAACUUUGGAUGUGUUGUUUAAAUGUGUUUCCGGCAAGUACUUGGAUUUUAAUAAUUAAGGAUAUGUUAGGACUAAAAUUAACAAAACAAAAAGAAAA